GAACUGGAGAACCUCUUGCCAGGCGCGUUUUUGUCACCAAGUGAUCGUUGAUCGGGAAGGCUUGUCAAGUACCCUCCUCUCCUUUCUAUUAAAAGCACAUCGGUUCUGCUGCUCUGAGAGAUCUAUUUAUUUUAAUUAUAUUCAAUUUCAACACGCUGAUUCAUCAUGUCGCAACCACCACAGCAAGCACCAUCGAUCCAACAAUACCAACGAGCGUUGGAAAUCUAUACCAACUAUCUCGGUAAUUUGCGCACUGAACUUCAAAAAACAACUCUGACUGCAGAAGAGAGAGAACGAUUGCAAGCACAGGAGAAGGACUAUCAAGAAAAGAUCACCAUGUUCCAAACCUUGCUGAACAACAUUUCGGCUUCAUUUGCAGCUCAAAUGCGACCAGGAGGCGGGCAAGCCAUUAACUUGCAGCAACAACAGCAGUAUGCGCAACAGUUACACCAAGCUCAAGCGGCUGCUAUGGCUUGUAUGUUCCCGUGUUUGAUUAUGUCGUAACUUGCUUGGCUCAGUCAAUGAUUAACACUAAACUUACAGCUGCAAGUCAACAACGUGCUAAAGUUGCAAUCCCGAAUGGUA